AUGACUGCGAGUCCCGCCGAAUCGACAACGACGCGAUCGACCGACGGAUUGCCAGCUCAGACUUCUUCCGGAUUCUCCCCUUCCUCCUCCUCCUCCCGUGUCGAAGUGACAACAUCCGACGGAGAGCCAGAUUCGGACGUCGACAUUCUCGAAUGCACUACGACACAAACAACAGAGACGAGCACUGGAUCCGACCCCUCGGAUCCAGCUCCUUCGUCAGAUUCCACAUUCUAUCAGCCUUAUUCUGAAUCCCCAACUUCGCCGUCUCCAGCGGUUUCUUCUAUCACGCAUGUUUCGAAUGGGCCCAGUGGCACAACGGGAACAUCAGUCACCUCCACUUUACUCUCCUCAACAUCUGCUCGAUUCUCCAUGUCAUCGACAUCCACGUCAACUUCUGAGGGUACAAGUAGGAGGGGAACAAUGGGAAGUACAUCUGAAGUUUCUAUUGAAAGUACGCUUCCAACGACGUCCGUCUCUGGAUCCACGAAAACGGCUUCUUCUCCCGUUUCCUCAACUUAUACUCCAUUCUCUUCUACGACUUCCUUCUCGACAGCUUCUUAUUCUGAAUCUGCAACUUCAUCUGAAGCCUCAACUAGCCCGUCUACUUCGCUGGCCACCACAUUUGCUUCAAUUACAUUGUCGGACAAGGAGUCUACAACUGAAGCCUCAAUUAGUAGUUCGCCGUCUUCGCCAAUCACUUUUGUUCCGACGACAACCGUUUUGCCUUCUACCACUUCAUUUGCAACGGAUCCCAAGGAGUCACAAACGGAUUCGUCGGUUGGGUCCUCAAAAAGUACAAUUCCUCCGAUCACGACGUUUGCUGACACUUCUUCUACGUCAGAUCCCGUGCAGCCAACCGUGGAAUCUUCGUUAAAAUCCUCAAAAAGCACGCCUUCUCCAACGAAAUCCGUUUUUCUCACUGCUACUUCUACCACGACGACAACUACUGAAAAGUCAACCACUAUGGAAACUACAUCCUCUCCGGCAUCCACGACUCCAACGCAAUCAACAGUGACAUCAGAUGCUCUUGAAGCAUCGGUAGCAGAAAUGUCGUCGACUUUCUCUUCAACAGAAUCAACAUCGCCAUCAGAAUCCACACAGUUCCGAUCGGAAACAGAGCUGUCAUCUGUUUCCACUUCCACUUCCUCCUCACUCACUUCAACGACUUCCACUCUAUCCAUCACUGCGAUGCCUACGACUUCUGUGGUCAUGGAGACGUCGGAGGAAACUACUAGUGAGGCGAUUUCAACUGCAGUGGAGUUAGAUACGAGCAAAAAGGGAGGGUUAGAGACGACUGAACAGGGGAUUUCGCCUUCGACGGAAAGUUCAGAGGCCACAUCUACCAGACUUACAACGUCUUCUCUGCCACGUGUAUCAGCUUCGGAAACACAGAGUUUGCCAACGUCGACUCCUUCAGCAACUACUUCGACAUCGACAAUAACAUCAACCUCAUUGCCACGUGUAACAACCGAUUCAACAUCCACAACAACAGAGGAUAAAAGAACCUCUGCCAGGGCGUCGUCGUCAAGAAGCUCCUCGUCAACUCCUUCCUCCCAACUUCCCACCGGUAUGAUGUCAUAUCUCCAUCCUUUAGGUCACAGUAUACGUUUCAGAGUCUACUUCUCGGACCACUUCAAUUGAUGGUACUUCGGGUUCAUCAUCUACAAAAACCACAACCACAAAACCGAAGACAUCGACAUUAUCCACCACUUCAACAAUUCCAACGUCUCCGUCUUCCAGUUCAAUGCAGACCAUGUCAUCCAGCGGAGAAACAAAGACGCCUUCAGUCACGACGUCUUCUAUAACAAAUCGGCCGUCUUCAUCAAGGAGUACAUCCUCGGAAUCUCCUGAAAGCACUUCAACUACUCGAUCGACACCAACUCCGUCUGCUCCCACAACAACGUCAACAGCAGCGACCGCAAAGAAGAAGACGUCUACCGUGCCGACAUCAUCCACAAAAACGUCUUCGACAACUACUCAUGAAUCCGCAACGACUUCCGCCUGUCAGCUGCAGUGUCCCGACGGAUACGUGAUCGGCGCCGACUUCUGUUUCCAGCUCGUCGCCCCGUCCACACAUGUCAAAUCUUACCAGUCGGCGCUCUCCUACUGCAUGGCCACCGAUCGACAGACUCUCGCAUCUCUCGACAAGAUCCGUCUCAACUCGGACAUCCAACUGCUUCAACAGUUCUCGGCGCAACAAGGACACAACUGGUUCUACUCGAACGGCAUCGGAUCGAAAGCGGAACGGUUCGGAAAGAUCGCCGACGUGUACAGCAUCUUCAACCAGACACUGCUCAAUGCGCCCGUCGUCAAGACUGUCGGCAUCUCCGAGCAACAUGACAACAUUUCGGCGCUUUGUGUGCUGCCACGUAGGUCAUAAAAGAGUAUUUUUGAUACAAUUGAAAGGGGCGUGGCCUAGCGUGUACGGUUUAUCACCAUUUUGGCGCGAAAUUCGAAAUUUAACCCAAUUUUUCAUGUUUUUCGUCAAAAAUUACCCAAAUUUUGUACGAUUUCGACAAUUUAGUUGCAUAACUUUGUUAAGCUAAUCAUCACGCGCGCUUUUUGAGCUUAAAACGAGCAGUUUUCAUUCAGAAAUGAACCAAUUGAAUCGAUUUUCCAGUUUUGUGCUGAAAAUGCGCGAAUUUCAGUCAUUCGCCAACACUUUUUGCCGUUUGAACGCUUAAAAUACUUGUAUUAACGUGUGCUUAAUCACUUCCGACACUCACUUCGUCUCAAAACUAUCCACAUCGGCCGGUAUGAAAAUUCCGAAAUUGCGGCGGCGAUUGGCCGCGGAGAGCCUAUUGCGAAUGAUGCCAAAAACGUCUCAAACGCGGCGUUUUCACGAAAAUUUCGAUGUUUUCUCUCUUUAAUGUCUCUUCUUUCGUCGAUAUCAAACACAAAAAUAUCGGAAAAGUGAGCUGGAAUUGCGGCAAUUUUCAGAAAACGCGUCUCAGAUUAGGCCACGCCCCUUCGCUACACUUUUGGUCGUCGUGGCGCGUACAAAGCAAUAGUUGCAGAGUAUUGUGAAAGCCCAGUGUGUGACAUAGAAAAGCUGUUCAUGGCCUAUCAGUACGACGUGAGCUACUCGACGUCAAUCGAUGUGAUCAAGCCGAAACAAAGUGCGACGAUCAAAUGUUUGCGUGGAAAUGAACGCCAAGUGACGGUCACUUGCAGCAGUCUCGGGGCGAUCUACGCGAAUCCUUCGUUGAUCGCGUGCGAGGAAGACACGUACGGCUGGAAGAUGGUCGAUACGACCAAUCAGACGGUCGAUUCUUGCGACAAGUGCUUCAGACGAGGCACGAAAGAGUGUCGGGAAGUGAUUGGAGCGUCUGGAGUGGUGGACGGCUACAUAUGCGUGUGCAAAUCGCCAUACGCGGUUAGUUAUAACUUCUUUGAUUGCCUAUACUUAGUUUCUCGUGAUUUCAGAUGUCGCGAUGUUGGUACACACCCGAUCUGUGCAACUCGACGUACUGCGGAAAGAACGGGCUGUGCGUGAGUCUUUUGGACGAGGUUCAGUGCAAAUGUCGAUUGGGAUACUCGGGCGAUCGAUGCGAGAGGAACCGUCGCGAGCAGUUCCUCAAGGACUUUGGAUACUCUGGAUUUGUGGGCGCCACAAUAACGAUAAGCGGGCUGAUCAGUCGGUUCAUCAAGGUGGGCGUCAUGUGCGCCACGACACAAGCAGGCGACGGAGAUGUGAGUCUGGGAAACGAGAAACUCCACUACUACAGUAAUCCUUUCGUUGCAGGACCCACAAACCACUCACCAAACAAUUCGGAUCUUCAGCACCACGAUGGCCGGCAUCAUCAUGUGCCUGUUCAGCAAUCCGACACUUCUCGGUAUCAACAAUCUCACUUGUCGCCUUUACUUCAUUGUUUUACACUUUUCCUACUUUAUCGGUAAGUCAACAACAAGCUGAUGUGAGAAGUAAAACAGAAAAUGUUUGAAGCAAUGACCCAAUGGCUCUGCGAAGGUUGGAACGUGAACCAAGUGCUGCGUUGCGUGCACACGAACGAAUGGGAACGCGAUUGGAACGGCCGGCGGGCGUGGGGAACGCUCAUCGCUCCGCGGCUCGUCGGCGCGUUCCUCCUCGUCUCCGUCUGGAUUCUCAUCGCUUUCCAAGUCGGCUGGUACCACCUCGAAGCGUCAUGGACGUGCGCCGGCGUCAUCAAUCAAUCCACUCUGACCAUGUGGAUUCCGAUCUUCGCACUCGUCUCCUGUGUCGUCGUCUUCGGUGGCGCCAUCUGUGAAUCCAGUAUUCUACUCAAAUUGUAAGAUUUUACUACUACUUCAAACCAUUCUUGUUUUUUUCAGCCGUCGCCCAUUGCUCGCCUACAAACUGGACUUGAAGAUUGAACGGGAGAUCGGAUUGAGAGAAGGGCGCCGGAUUGAGAAGUGUCGGCAGAAUGAGGUCCUCUGUCUGGUCGGACUCCUUCUCAUCGUCCUUCUGUGGAUCAUGGUGAUUCUGGCGUCGGAUUAUCGGGACGAUAAACUUAUCGGAUAGUAAGAUUUCUAUUCAGAUUGACCGCCAGUUUAUUGAUUUUUCAGCUCUGCGAUUUUGGCCGGAUUCAUCUACUCUGUCUUCUCGGGUUAUCAGGAAACAGUCACGAAUCCAGAAGUCAGUUUGGCUCUAACAUUCCUCUAGAAUCUUCUUCUCAGCCUUUCAGGACCACGCAUUCGUAAUCGGAUUCCUCCAACGUCAUCUCCCGAGUCGGUUGGCUCCUCAGUACAAUCCGGAGACGAUGUGGACUGUGGACGAGGUGAAAGAGAUGUACGCGCUGCCGAAAACGGAACGGGCCGCCCGCUACGAGCGAUUCCUGUGCCGCAAUCACUACCUGUUUCUGCACCACAAAUGGGACGUCCGAUUCAACAAAGAAAUGGCGGCGGGCGACGGGAAAACGAUCAAUCGGGCGCUCGUCUGCGUGUUCAUCGAAGAGAUGCGUCGCUGGCGGGAGAGCAACGGAACGAUGGAGCAGAAAUGGAACAUCAUGUCGGUUCCAGUUCACAAUAUUCAUUAACCCGAUGUGUUUCAGGAAUGCGUACAAAGAAUUUAUGGAUUCGAUACCGCACACGGAUCCACGUACCGAACGGGCCCGUCGGACGGUGCCCCUCGAGAUUGUGACGCUUGCGGCGGAGGCUCCGAUCGGCGUGAAACUGGCCAAAUUCUUUGUGGUGCCGGGGUUCGACGUGUUCCGACCGGACGUUCCGCAGGUCGGAGAGCCCAGAGAACCACGGGAUGUACGGGCGCACAAAAAACGGGUCAAGGAAAGAAUUCAACAGGUGAGAGACUUCUGGAAGGUUCUUUUUCAUUCAUUGCUUUCAGGAGCACUACGUCAUUGCUCGAGGAGAAGCUCAUGCUCAGGCGGUUUUCGUCAAUUCUUGUAUCUUCUUCCAUUACUAUGGAAAUCGAGUGGUGCAAUAA